GCGGCGGCGACGCUGGCCAGCUCCUCGGGCUCCUCGUCCCCGGCCGUUGCCGAACUCUGCCAGAACUCCCUAGAGACCUUUCUGGAGGCGUCCAAACUGCUGCUCACCUAUGCGGACAACAUCCUCAGAAACCCUAAUGAUGAAAAAUAUAGAUCUAUCCGGAUUGGAAAUACAACAUUUUCUACUAGACUUUUGCCUGUCAGAGGAGCUGUUGAAUGUUUAUUUGAAAUGGGAUUUGAAGAAGGAGAAACACAUCUUAUUUUUCCUAAAAAAGCAUCAGUGGAGCAGCUGCAAAAAAUCCGUGACCUGAUUGCCAUAGAGAGAAGUAGCAGAUUGGAUGGGUCAAAUAAAAGCCACAAAGUAGAUUUAUCUCAGCAACCUGCAGCCAGUACCCAGCUUUCUGCAGCACAGCCUUCAGCUCCUGUUGGGUUAACACAGCACCCAGGGAACAGUCAAGGGCAGCCUUCAAUGCCACUGUCUACUCCAGGGGUUUCUGCUAAUUCAGCCAUUCUAAAAACGCUUCAGUCCAACAUUCAGCAUGUCCUGAUCUAUGAGAACCUCGCUCUUCAGGAGAAAGCUUUGAUGUGUAUUCCUGUCCAAGAACUAAAAAGGAGAUCACAGGAAAAGUUAUCUAGAGCUAGAAAAUUAGAUAAAGGUACUGUUCUCAAUGAUGAGGAUUUUCUUUUGCUGGAACUUUUGCACUGGUUUAAGGAAGAAUUUUUUCACUGGGUAAAUAACAUUAUGUGCAGCAAAUGUGGUGGCCAGACAAGGUCUAGAGGUGACUUAUUAUCCCCUGAUGCUGAUGAGCUGAAGUGGGGUGCAAACAGAGUAGAAGAUCAUUACUGUGAUGUAUGCCAGUUCAGCAGUCGGUUCCCAAGGUACAACAACCCUGAGAAACUUUUGGAAACAAGAUGUGGACGUUGUGGCGAGUGGGCCAAUUGUUUUACACUGUGUUGCCGAGCUUUGGGGUUUGAAGCUCGCUAUGUUUGGGAUUACACAGACCAUGUCUGGACAGAAGUCUAUUCUCCGUCUCAGCAGCGGUGGCUACACUGUGAUGCCUGUGAAGAUGUCUGUGACAAACCACUCCUUUAUGAAGUAGGAUGGGGCAAGAAGAUCUCCUAUGUGAUAGCAUUCUCUAAAGAUGAGGUGGUUGAUGUCACUUGGCGAUAUUCUUGUAAACAUCAAGAGGUAAUCUCUAGAAGAACUGAGGUUAAAGAAGAAUUACUUCGAGAAACUAUUAAUGGGCUUAAUAAGCAGAGACAACUAUCUUUGUCAGAAAGCCGAAGAAAAGAACUUCUCCAGAGGAUAAUUGUGGAACUUGUUGAAUUUAUAUCUCCUAAAACUCCUAAGCCUGGAGAACUUGGUGGAAGAAUAUCUGGGUCUGUGGCUUGGAGAGUGGCCCGAGGUGAAAUGGGUCUAGAGGUAAAUGAAACCCUGUUCAUCCCCUCCGAAAAUGAGAAGGUUUCUAAGCAGCUCCACCUUUGCUAUAAUAUUGUGAAAGACUGCUACAUCCGAAUUUCAAAUAACAGUCAAACCAUUUCUGGAUGGGAGAAUGGUGUGUGGAAAAUGGAAUCCAUAUUCAGAAAAAUUGAAACAGACUGGAACAUGGUGUAUUUAGCCCGGAAGGAAGGAUCAUCCUCUGCUUAUAUUUCCUGGAAGUUUGAGUGUGGAUCAGUUGGUCUUAAGGUAGAUAGCAUUUCCAUUAGAGCAAGUAGUCAAACCUUUCAGACGGGAACAAUACAGUGGAAAUUGCGAUCUGAUACAGCACAAGUAGAAUUGAAAGGAGAUAAACAGCUUCGCUCCUAUCAUGAUUUUUUUGGUGUCACUGAAGUUAUUUUGGAAGCAGAAUUAAACCAAGGAGAUGGUGAUGUUGCUUGGCAACAUACGCAGCUGUUUAGACAAAGCCUAAAUGACCAUGAAGAAAAUUGUUUGGAGAUAAUUAUAAAAUUCAUUGACCUUUGA